AUGAAAUAUUUUCUAAUAAAAAGUUACAACGAGGACAACAUAACCACUGCUUACCGCAAUUCAUGCUGGGCAACCUCAGAAAGGAAUGCGGUUACAUUCUCCCAAGCACUAGAUAAAGGACCAGUAACACUAAUAUUCAGCGUAAAUGGCAGCUCAAAGUUUUGCGGCUACUCUCGGAUGCUGAAUAAGCCGGGACAAUCCAUUAAGGUUGAUAUUUUUAAAGCUCCAGAUGGCAAUUUACUGAAGUGGAAAAUAUUUGAUAUACAGUGGGUUUUCUAUGGUGAUGUACAUUUUAGUGCAACUGAACAUAUAGUUAACUCGUUGAAUUUUAAUAAGCCUCUUAAGAUUGGGCGGGAUGGCCAAGAAAUAGAUCCAUUUGCGGCGCAACAGCUCAUCGAUUUAUUUAACAACCCUAAUUACACCAACCUCGCUAAUCAAUCACCACAUAUACAACAAUUACUCCCAUUUCAGACACAAUUAUUGCCACCUCAACAAUUACCUAGUCAAACAAGCACGCAUAAUCAAAUAGAUAAUAAUUUGUAUGAAUUACCUGCAAAUAAGAACGUAUACGCUUCUCUAAAUUCUCUAAAAUUGGCUGCCAAUUCUAACCCAGCCCUUGCAAUAUUUCCAAUCGAUUUAACCAAUUUGUCAUAUGAACAAUACAUAGAAUUAUAUCAGAAGUCUGGUGAGAAUGAGAAUCCACUUGUCGAAGUUACUGAAAAAAAUUAG